AUGGCGGUGAAGGUAGCGGGACCCAACUUGAGCCACUGGUCAGAGCCCAACUGGACGUCGCCACAGGAAUUCGUUAUCCUGGGCUUCUCGGGGUGGCCGCAGGGCCUCCGUGUGCUGCUCUUCUCGCUCCUCCUGCCCCUCUACUUGGCCACACUGGCUGGCAACCUGCUCAUUCUGGGCCUGGCCCUGGCGGAACCCUCGCUUCAUACUCCCAUGUACUUCUUCCUCGGCUCACUGUCCGCGGUGGAGGUGGCCUACACGCUGGUGCUCACCCCGCGCAUGCUGGCUGGCUUCCUCCUGCCUCCGGGUGGCCAGGCGGUGGCACGCUCGGCCUGCGCCACCCAGAUGGGUCUGUUCGUGGCUCUGGGUGGCUCUGAGUGCCUGCUGCUGGCAGCCAUGGCCUUGGACCGCUACCUGGCUAUCUGCCGUCCCCUCUACUACCCUCAGCUCAUGACCACUGCGCUCUGCUGGGUCCUUCUAGCCUGCUGCUGUCUGGGUGGCUCCGUCCUGGCCUUGGGCCUCACCACUGCCAUAUUCCAGCUGCCUUUCUGCCAUGGUGGGCUCGUCAAUCACGUCUUCUGCGACCUCCCUGCCGUGCUGGUGCUGGCCUGCGGGAACCGGGACCUUCAGGAGCGGGUGUUACUGGCGGCCUGCAUGCUCCUGCUGGUGCUGCCGCUGAUCCUCAUCCUGCUGUCCUACACCAGGGUACUGGUGGUCAUCCUGGGCGUGGGGGACAGCGCGGGCCGCCGCAAGGCCUUCAACACCGUGGCCUCCCACCUCACCGUGGCUGUGCUCCACUACGGCUGUGCCACGGCCAUGUACGCCAGGCCGCUGAGCAGCCGCUCCCUGGAGGAGGACAAACUGGUCUCCCUCAUCUACAUAAACCUCACCCCGCUGCUGUACCCGGCCAUCUACACGCUGCGCAACCGGGACAUGCAGGGCGCCCUCCAGCGGGUGGUCAGCCAGAGGACGACAGGGGCGGUCCAGCAGGCGGAGCUCGUCUAG